AUGUAUAUUGUGAACUACAUUAUAGGACUUUUGCUAUAUAUUGAAGUGGCCUUAUGUAGCUCGCAUUCAGCAAUCAGAUUAACAGAAUUGGCCAAAGAAAGUCAAGAUUAUAUUAUUGAUGUUUACAAUAGUGAUUUAUCGAUUCUCGAAGGACCUAGAGAUUAUUUCACAGUUUUAUUAUUUACAUCUUCGAAUGCCGAUCAUAACUGUAAGCAAUGUGAAGGAUUCAAAAAUGUUGUUACCAAAGUAGCGAAUUCAUGGUUUUCCGAUCAUACUGAUUCCCAUUUAUUAACAUUUAUCACCAUUGACUUAAAUGAUCCAAAGAAUGGGAAACUUUUCAGUUUAAUUGGCUUGCAAACAGUUCCUCAUAUCUGGUUAGUUGCUCCAAAUCCGUCAAGAGACUAUGGUGAUCCAAACAAAAUUCUUGAGGAUGCUCACCUUGAAUUUAAAAUGCCUCAAGUAUCACAGGAUAAGCAGACAUUAGAAUUUGCUCAAUUUAUAAGUGAACAAUUACAGAAACCUAUUUUAAUAAGAGAUACAGAUGCUUUGACCAAGUUCAUAAAGACAUUUGUCAUUACUUUUUCGGUUAUUAUAAUAAUCAGAAAAAAGGGUCCAAGCAGGAUUACUGCAACUAAAAAGAAAACGAUUGUAAGUUUAGUUGCAAUUGCAAUUGUUCUUUUGUUUACCUGUGGGUACCAGUUUACUAUUCAAAACUCCGUGCCAUUUGUCGCCAAGAGCAAUAAUGGUGAUAUUGUGUUGAUCAGUGGGGGUCAGUAUUAUCAAUUUGGAAUUGAAACUUUCCUUGUCGGUGCCAAUUAUGCCCUGUUGGCAGGUGCGUUGUUAUUACUAACCUACAUUGGAUGUUAUAAAGUUACGGAGAGAAGUUUCAUUACCAGUGAAGACAUUAGAGUAUUAUUGGUCUUGUUAGUUACUAUCUUGAUUUAUUUAUUGUACAGUUGUUUAACAAGCAUUGUGCUUAGAAAAGAUCAGGGAUAUCCUUACAGCUUUAUCAAAUUGUUUUAA